CGGCUGGUCUGCAACGCGCUGCUGCAGAAGGAUGAGCCGGUGCCUUUGGCUUUCUACGUGCACGAUGCCGAGAUCGUCACGUCGCUGGAGAAGACCCUGGUGGGGCAGGCGCUGGAGACGGAGAAGGUGCUGGACAUCGUGUACCAGCCGCAGGCCGUGUUCAGGGUGCGCGCGGUGACGCGCUGCACCAGCUCGCUGGAGGGACACACCGAGGCCGUCAUCUCCGUGGCCUUCAGCCCUACGGGAAAGUACCUGGCGAGCGGCUCCGGUGACACCACCGUGCGCUUCUGGGACCUCUGCACCGAGACGCCGCAGUUCACGGCCAAAGGUGGGUGCUGGGGCCCCCCUGGGCACACGUGGCGCACGGCCUGACGCGACCCUCUCGCCUGCUCUCUCGGUCAGAUCUUUCUCUGGGAUCCAGCCACAGGGAAUCAGCUCGGCCGGGUGCUCGCUGGCCACUCCAAGUGGAUCACGUGGCUGUGCUGGGAGCCGCUCCACAUAAACCCCGAGUGCCGCUACCUGGCGAGCGCCUCCAAGGACGGCAGCAUCCGCAUCUGGGACACGCUGAUGGGCAGGUGUGACAAAAUCCUCACGGGCCACACGCAGUCGGUGACGUGCGUGAAGUGGGGGGGAGACGGCCUGCUCUACUCCUCCUCCCAGGACAGGACCAUCAAAGUGUGGCGGAGCCAGGACGGCGUCCUGUGCCGCACGCUGCAGGGCCACGCGCACUGGGUGAACACCAUGGCGCUCAGCACCGACUAUGUGCUCCGCACCGGCGCCUUCGAGCCCGCCGAAGCCUCCAUCAACCCCCAGGACGUGAGCGGCUCCUUGGCAGAACUGAAGGACAAGGCGCAGCAGAGGUAUGACCAAGUCAGGGGCCAGGGGCCAGAAAGGCUCGUCUCGGGCUCCGAUGACUUCACGCUGUUUCUUUGGAAGCCGGCGGAAGACAAGAAGCCGCUGGAGAGAAUGACCGGCCACCAGGCAUUGAUCAACCAAGUCCUCUUCUCCCCCGACACCCGGAUAAUUGCCAGUGCUUCCUUUGACAAGUCCAUAAAGCUCUGGGAUGGUAGGACAGGAAAGUACGUCACGUCGCUGCGAGGACACGUCUCGGCCGUGUACCAGAUCGCCUGGUCCGCCGACAGCCGCUUGCUGGUGAGCGGGAGCAGUGACAGCACGCUGAAGGUCUGGGACACCAAGACGGGGAAACUGGCCGUCGACCUGCCCGGCCACGCGGACGAGGUGUUUGCCACAGACUGGAGCCCGGACGGACAGCGGGUGGCGAGCGGAGGGAAAGAUAAGUGUUUGAGGAUAUGGCGGAGGUAGGAGCAGAGACCAGGAGCCGG